AUGGAAGCAAAUGCUGUCAACAGGAAUGGCAGCUCUAAAGAGGUGAACGUGCCAUUGGCCUUGUUUGCUGUGGAAUGCAACAGCAAGAAGCGGCUGCUGUUUGAUGUUUCGAGUGGAAAUAUCCGCGGAAUAAGCAGCACGCUAUUUCCAGAUGCCUUUGUCGAAUUCGAGAACUCUGGCUGGCUUCUCAUGGUCCGACACAAGCCAUUUUACUUCCGAGAGCAGAUUGUCUUCCUGGUCCACCCUAGCACCGGCAGGCGGAUUGACCUGCCGGUGCUUCGUGCUCCCAACAAAGGAUACUUUGUUUUCUAUGUUGAUCCUCGUGGAACUCCUCUGGUUGUUGCGUGCGUCCAAAUCAUGAGUGUUGUUCCGACUGUCCAUGUCGUGUGUCCUGGGGACGUGUACUGGUGCGUCCACAAGCAUACCAGCAAUCUGCACCUUUCAGAAGCAAUGUGCAGACCAAUCGACAACACGUUGAUCAUGGACGUGGCUCUGAUCGGGACAUGGGUUGUUUGUGCCGAAUUCCUUGGGCAGAUCCUGAUCUUCGACAUCACAGAGAUGACAUGGAGAACGGCCUCUUGUCCAGAGUGGAGCAUACAAGAUGCCCAUUACCUUGUUGCAUCCAAUGGGGAAGUUGUGAUCGUAUCUUGCCUUCGAGCGAUGGGGGGAAGUGCUUUCAAGUUCUUCAAGCUGGACAUGGAAGCUUUGGAGUGGUCGCCACUUGAUGGCCAGGAGCUGGAUGACACCAGCUGGUUUCUGUGCAAGGGUCAGUCUAUCCGUGUGAAGGAGGAAGGCGAGAGGAAAGUCUACACAUUCUAUCCAAGACGAUGCAGCGGCUCAGUGACAGAGAGCUCAGAUGGAACAAAGGCAACCAUGUAUAUUACUAGCACAUCAGGACCUCCCACACUGAAGAACAUCACAAAUAUAUAUGCAUACGAUUUAGUUGCUGGGACUGUCGAGACAGUUAUACCAACGUCGAUCGUAACGGAAGUGCGCCGAUGGGUUCAACCUGGUAUAUUUGCUACUCCAACAAAAUAA